CCGCCCCCGCCUGUGCCCCGCCCCCGCGGCGCUAGCGGAGCCAAGAUGGCGACCGAGCUGGAAUAUGAGUCUGUGCUGUGUGUGAAGCCUGACGUCAGCGUCUACCGGAUUCCGCCGCGGGCCUCGAACCGCGGCUACAGGGCGUCUGACUGGAAGUUAGACCAGCCUGAUUGGACUGGUCGCCUCCGAAUCACUUCAAAAGGGAAGAUCGCCUACAUCAAACUGGAAGAUAAAGUUUCAGGGGAGCUCUUUGCUCAGGCGCCAGUAGAACAGUACCCUGGUAUUGCUGUGGAGACAGUGACAGACUCCAGCCGCUACUUUGUGAUCAGGAUCCAGGAUGGUACCGGUAAGGGCGCUGGGGUUUCCAGUGGGGUAAGGUCAGGAAAUGGAGCGCAUAUCCUUUGGCACCCCUUCUGUGCAGAUAUCCUUUUAGAUUUGGAUUCCCCUGCUCCUGUCACGACUUCAGCACCAGCGCCAGUUUCUACAAGCAGUGACUUGUGGGGAGACUUCAGCACUGCAUCCAGCUCUGUUCCGAACCAGGCGCCACAGCCGUCCAACUGGGUCCAGUUCUGAGUAUCAUUGGCAAGAUGUUAAGGAUACACUUGAAGAAUAAAUGACCUGGAGGGCACCAUUCUAUGAGGGAGUUGAGGGACCGCUUCAUUUCCCAGAACCAAAAUCAGUGGACAGUCUUUUCCAUAGCUUCUCUGUUGCUUUCAGGCUGGAUUGAUUGUUCUGUUACCUCGGUGUUACUUGCUGUGUAAGCCAGGAGACCACCUGCUGUUUCCUGCUCACCACCUAGGCAGGGGAGUAGUGGAAAUUAUCACACUGACCGACUGUGCAGAGUUCAGAAAGCCACCUGUGAGAAUAAGAGUGACCUCUGACAUAUGUAAAUUCUUGAACUUAUUUCAGAAUCAUCUCAUGAUUCCUGUGUAUCUGUUUGUGAUGUCCUAGUUAGCAAUUUCAGGAGAGACAAUGCCUUGUAACGGUCUUUCUCGUAACCCGAGACUAUAAAUGGGCAGACUGGCCUCCAUACUUACCAUGUUAAGAUUUUCAUGAGGGUAGGUUUGCAGAAAGCCGUAUCUGGCUCUCUUCUGUAACGCCUCCUUCAGGCUUACCCUAUCAGUGAGCAUCCGGUGAGCCGCAGCACCACCACCGCCUUGUGUGUUUAUGUCUUUUCCUCCGAUGAAAGGCUCGGGUUGGUGGCACCCCACGGUGUUCUGUGUGUUGAAUAGUGCAGCGCCCUUGACGGUGGCUGUUUCUGAGAUGAAGGAGAUGGAGGCUGUGCUUUCCGAGUUGUAGUCUGCAGAGGCGUUUCUGCUGCAUUUGAAACAUGGCAUUAACUUUAUUCACCCCGUGUUUGACCUAAGGUAAGCGUUUUAACGUGAUGUGUAGAGCAGAGAGGUGGAAGCACUUAGCUCUCAUGCCGUACCACAUGCCUUGCUGCCUGGUCUGGAGCCUUGUCGUUAGCAUUUCCUUCAGUCCACUUAGCUGGUCCAUGAAAGCUGCUAUUAGAUAAUUGUCAGUGUGAAGAGGCUGCGUCACAGCUCUAUCUGUGACAGCCUUUGCCCCAGACUUUGAUCCCCAGCUAGGAUAUCUUAAAGCAAGUUUCUGUCCUAUCAGUUCCCCGUCCUCUGCCCGCCAUUCCUUUUACAAUACUGUGAAGAGGGUCCUGUUCAGGUCAGUGGGUACUGUCCGUUUGUGUGCUGGGCAGUUUGAGGAUGAGGGUGGAAUGGGAGGAUUUACCUUCUGGGAGCACCUGUUUGGAUAUGUACAUUCUGGCUGAAGAGGGUUCUUACAUUUAAUUUCAAACACAUUAUUUCCUCUGGAUAUUUUUCUUAGCUUUUUCAGACUUGGGGUCCAUUUGUUCGCAUUGCCAUCCCCUUUCCAGGCAGCUCUCUUUUUGCAGAGCCAUGGCAGGACAAUUAAGGUUCCAAUAAGAACACUAAGAGGAAAAUAUAGAAAAUAUAGUGACUAUUGGGAAACCUAUUUUCUCAAUCUUCCUCCAUUUUGUGUUAUUUGUAUUCUUAAGAUGAUAAUAUAUUAUGUAUUUGAAUUGCUGAAAAUUGAAAAUGAAGUCGAAGAUGUAUGUAUAUAAAGCGUAUGCUGUAUUGGUACAAUAAUGGUAAUUAAAGAUAUGAAAAAAAGGUGUUUU